GGGUGCUGUCUGGCUUCCGGUUUUAGGCUGAAUUUGACACACAAUGAGGUGCAGGGAACAACCUAUCGCGAAACGCCGCUGUAAAUAAAUAGAACAAUCACUGAAGCCACAGAAUCAUGGAGAAUCAGUGCACAGUGCAGGUGAAGCUGGAGCUAGGACACCGAGCCCAGUUGAGGAAGAAGGUGACCACGGAGGGCUUUACCCACGACUGGAUGGUGUUUGUGCGAGGGCCUGAGACUGGGGACAUACAGCACUUUGUGGAGAAGGUUGUCUUCCGGCUACAUGAGAGCUUCCCCAAACCCAAGAGAGUAUGCAAGGAGCCACCAUACAAAGUGGAGGAGUCUGGCUACGCUGGUUUCCUCAUGCCCAUCGAGGUCUACUUCAAGAACAAGGAGGAGCCUAAGAAGGUGUGUUUCAACUAUGACCUCUUCCUGAACCUGGAGGGGAACCCCCCUGUCAAUCACCUGCGCUGUGAGAAACUCACCUUUAACAACCCCACACGGGAGUUCAGACGCAAGCUGGUCAAGGCUGGAGGGGUCAUGGUGGUGCCGGAAGGGACGGAGGCGGUGUCGAGGCCCAGUCCAGACUACCCCAUGCUCCCCACCAUCCCACUGUCUGCCUUCUCAGACCCCAAGAAGACCAAGACCUCCCACGGGUCAAAGGAGCCCAGUAAAGAAGGCAGUGGAGGCAGCAGUAAGGGACCCAAGCCCCACAAGCUGACCAAGGAGCACCGCGAACGCCCCCGCAAAGACUCUGAGAGCAAGGCAGCGUCAAAGGGUGACAGCGACCGCGACGGGGGAGGAGGGGGCAGCAGCAAGAGCGCCCGUGAGCCCUCAUCCUCCUCUUCCAAGAAGCCAGUGGAGAUCAAAGUGAAAGACGAGGGCAAGGUCCUUCCCAAGGCCGCCUUCAAAGAGCCCAAACUGACACUAAAGGAGGCCAAGAUGGAGGGCAUGUCCCCCAAAGGAGGGGGGGCUGGGGGAGGGGGCCCACUGGAGCCCAAAGCCCCCGGGAAGCGGCCUUCCACCGCGGAGUCUCCCAAACCCAGCGCCAAGAAGCCAAAGAAGGGCAGCUCAGAGGGAUCUAAGGGGGCAGCUGCAGUGCCCUUCACCGGAGCCUCUCCCCGGGUCUCUUCAUCAUCUUCAGUCAUCCCAGGCUACCCAGAGAAGAAACCCCCCAAGGAGAAAGGCCGCUGGCCCAAGAGCAGCAAGGCCGACACUCAGGAGGCCAAGGAGCCCAAGAAACUGCCUGAGUCUGACGACUCCAACUCUGAGGAUGAAGCCUCCUCCAAAUCAGAGCAGUCAGUCCCCUCCAGUCCCUCUAACUCCAGCUCCAGCUCUGACUCCAGCUCAGAGUCUGAUUUUGAGCCUGGACAGAAACAAGGCCAAGGCCCGCUGCGCUCUAUGGUGGAGGACCUACAGUCAGAGGGGUCAGAUGAUGAUGACAGCAGCUCAGAGGAAGGGACGCCUGUCAAGACCAACCCGCCCAACCGUGACUCUCGACUGAGCCUGGACAGCGAGAGUGACAGCAGUGAAGGCUCGCACCGCCCCAGUCGAGACCCGGCGCCGCCUCCACAGAAACACAGCUCCUCCAAUAACAAGGUCUUGGGCAGGAAGAGCCCGGACAUCUGCAGCCGCCCAGAGAAGGUGCUGAAGAAGGGAUACGACAAGGUAGGAAGGGCCUACACAGAGGAGCUGGUGGACCUCCACCGCAGACUAAUGGCUCUGAGGGAGCGCAACGUCCUACAGCAGAUAGUGAAUCUGAUCGAGGAGACGGGCCACUUCAACGUGACCAACACCACCUUUGACUUUGACCUGUUCUCUCUGGACGAGUUGACCGUCCGCAAACUACAGAGCUGCCUGGAGACCACGGCCACGUGACAGGAAGCCUGCAGCGCAGAGGACCGCGGCGGGGCUGGUGCUGGGCUGCUGUCUCUCCUCAGCCCCUGGACCCCCACUGGGGAGGUGGAGCUGUAGCAGAGCUACAGAGAGGAACCAUAGAAUAACAACAGAACACACACUUUCACUAUUUGCUGGAGAAUGGAGGAACAGGACGAGGGAGUAGAGGAUGAGGUCAGAGCAGCUAUGCCACUGUCCCUCUAACCUGGACUAGAGGACCAGACUAGAGGAGCUGGCCUGGGACUGGCAAGAGAUGUAUUAUAUAUGUUUCUUAUGGAGAGCAGCAGAGCAGCCUGUGUGCAGAACUGUGGAAUGCGACCACUCUCCUCUCCCUCCCCCUCUCGCCUCACUUCUAGCCAUUGCAAACCCAAUACUUCCCUCCUCCUCUCAUUCCUCCCCACUCACACUCUCUUACCCGGCACAACACUCCUCCCCUCCCCCUCAUCUCUGCUGGAGUUAAUUUCUCUGUAGGAAUAUUCCUGUCUAUGCAUGCAUUCGUGUGUGUGUGUGAGGGAGAGUGUGUGUGUGUGUGUGAGAGUGUGUCUGUGAGCAUUUCAGAGGCUUUAGGGGGGGAUGUCUUUGAUUAGUCACUUUUUCAGUGUUCUUUAAGCUAGCUGGAGCAACAGCCCUUACACACACACACACACACACACACACACACACACACACACAGUGAGAGGCAUUUGGGUCCCAUGCCAGGGUGUCUCUACACACGCCGGCACUAAGUUGUGUAUGUGCCUGUUGGUGGUAGUGUUCUGGAUGGGGUUCAGCUCUUGUCAGUUCAAACGUCCCUCCCUCCUUCCAUCUCGAUGUGCAUGAAAGGGCUCAACAGCUAGGGGAAAUAGCUGUGGAGGAUCACUUCUGAAUGGCCUUUUAAGUGGUGGGGGGUAAAAAGCCGUAGCCAUAGACCCCCCCCCCCACACAAAAAAAGGGUCCACACUUUUUUACAUUUUAUUAUUGUACUGAUAAGUUUGGAGUAUUGGGGGAUUGCGAUUCAGAUACCUGUGAGCUAUGUAUGAAUGUAUUACUGUUCAUUUUCUAGGGCUAGCAACAAACCUGUUAUCCUCUCAGUGCCUUUAUGCGUUGGCCAGUGUGAGGGCCCACUGACACUGGUUAAAGAGCAAAGUCCCUCUCCUGACUAAGUGUUCAUUGGGAAGCCUGAAACUCCAUUUAUCAUAAGUGCCCUCUUAAAAUCAGUUGAUCCUCCCAGUGGGGGUUUCUCUGCAAAUUGGAGGCUUCUUCCAGUGCUCUGUCUCUGCUAUUAUUAGGAACACAAGCCUUCCAGAAAUCCUAAGACUCAUCUGUUCAUCAGCAGUGGUACUUUGCCUUGUUUCUUUCCAGAUCCUAAUAUGAAUGGUUGUAUAGCUGAUAUUGUGUUGUCUGAGGUUUAGUUUUCUAUGGAUAGGGUCAGUGCCAGACCAGGCCGCAGUCAGUCAGCCAGCUAGGCAUGUUUCUCUAACUGGGGCCCCUCUAGCCUUCACGUCCACUGUGGUUUCACACUCAGACUAACGGUAAAGUUUUCUCUUCGGGUGCUCCCCCUCACUUUCUUUCUGUUUCACCUAGUGAACAGCUGUAUUUAUUUUGAUGAUAAUAGCUUUAAUAGUUGUGUCUGUUCUGUUGCCUGGGCCUGCAAAGUGCACACACAGCUCUCUGCCCCUUCUUCUCCUCUGUGAGGGUGCUGUGGUGUUGAGGUCUGAAUGUGUGGGUCUGUUCUAGAGUGAAACAACAACUGCCUUAAGUUCCUCUCUGCAUCCACUCUGCUCUGUCCACCACCCCUUUAUUUGUCUGGCUGUGCCUAUGUCAACAUCCCUGCCAGUGAUUUUUAAAAGAUGUACUUUGCAACUGUGUGAGUGGGAUGGGUUGUGUGUGUCAAGCGAGAGGAACGUUCUUGUCCUCGUGUGUGUGAAUAUGAGGGUGGGUGGGUGGGGGCUGAAGGGUUGAGUGGCAGGCAGCUCUGUGCAGCUCUUCCAUAGAGAAGCACCACCAACCGUCUACCAACAGUCAAUCUUUUAUUUAUGUACCUCUGCACUUUUGGCUGUGGUGACUUCAGUACUUAAGUAAUAAUCUAAACUGUAUUUUUAAGAAUUUUAUACAAUAUUUACAUGCAAUACAACAUGAAUAGAUUUUUUUUGCCAACCUUUUUUUAAAUUAUUUAAUAGUUUUUAUUUGUGUUGGCAUGUGUUAUUAUACAUACAGAAACAUGCUGUCAAUUGUGUUCUUUUAGGCCUAAUGUAGCGCCAUGGAGAACUUCCCUGAAUGUUGUAUUGUGUAUCAUCGUUGUUGCAGUUGAACACCAUGGAACAGGUGUUGGGAAUAUGUUUGAUGUAUGAGCUAACCAAGUCUAUAUCAUCCAGUAUAUGUUCAUCAAGGAGGAAAAGGUGGACUUUUCAGUGAGAAGAAGUAUUUUUGUGUGUAUGUCCUAUUAUAAUUUGAGUAUUUUUAACUCAAAGGUAUGAGGCAGUGUUCUAUUUGUCCGUACUCUAUGAGGCAUGGUUACGAAGCCCAGGCACAAACUGUCACCCUCUCAUUGGUUCAAUAUUUAUCUGUAUUUUUAUCCAAGUGCGAUCCCUUAAACUGUUAAACAAUAACACCAUAGGAAAAGAUACUACAGUGGAAGGAAGCAUUUCAAUUGAAUCUAUAUCAAUAUACACUACCAGUCAAAAGUUAAAACACCUACUCAUUCAAGGAUUUAUUAUUUUUACUAUUUUCUACAUUGUAGAAUAAUAGUGAAGACAUCAAAACUAUGAAAUAACACAUAUGGAAUCAUGUAGUAACCAAAAAAGUGCUAAACACUUAGCAACUCUUUGCCUUGAUGACAGCUUUGCACACAAUUGGUAUUUUCUCAACCAGCUUCACCUGGAAUGCUUUUCCAACAGUCUUGAAGGAGUUCCCACAUAUGCUGAGCACUUGUUGGCUGCUUUUCCAUCACUCUGUGGUUCGACUCAUCCCAAACCAUCUCAAUUUGGUUGAGGUCAGGGGGAUUGUGGAGGCCAGGUCAUCUGAUGCAGCACUCCAUCACUCUCCUUCUUAGUAAAAUAGCCCUUACACAGCCUGGAGGUGUGUUGGGUCAUUGUCCUGUUGAAAAACAAAUGAUAGUCCCA